AGCACACACCUCCUCUCACCCCCGGGACGAGAUGGCCGCCCUCAUCGCUGAGAACUUCCGCUUCCUCUCCUUGUUCUUCAAGAGCAAAGACGUGAUGAUCUUCAAUGGUUUGGUGGCCCUGGGCACAGUGGGGAGCGAGGAGCUCUUCUCAGUCGUUGCCUUCCACUGCCCCUGUUCCCCUGCCCGCAACUACAUCUAUGGGCUGGCUGCCAUUGGUGUCCCAGCCCUGGCCCUCUUCCUCAUUGGCGUCAUCUGGAACAACCACACCUGGAACCUGGUGGCUGAGUGCCACAAGCGUGGUGUCAAGAACUUCUCUGCCGCUGCCACCUUCCUCCUCUUUGGCUCCAUCAUGGGCCGGGCAGCUGUGGCACCCGUCACCUGGUCGGUCAUUUCACUGCUGAGAGGGGAAGCUUACAUCUGUGCCCUCAGUGAGUUUGUCAAGCCAUCCUCCCUGGACAAGUUUCCACCUGAGUACGGGGCUGAGGUGCUGGCCAGGUUCCCCUGCAGAGAUGUACCGGCAAACCUCACCAAGUUCAGGGAUGAGGUGACACGGAGGCUGAGAUACGAGUCCCAGCUCUUUGGCUGGCUGCUCAUUGGCAUCGUUGCAGUCCUGGUUUUCCUCACCAAGUGCCUGAAGCACUGCUGCUCGCCACUGAGCUACCGGCAGGAGGCUUACUGGGCCCAGUACCGCUCCAAUGAGGACAAGCUCUUCCGACGUACAGCUGAGGUCCACUCCAGGAUCCUGGCAGCCAAGAAUGUGAAGCACUUCUUUGGCUUCGUGGCACUGGACAAGGAGGAAAAGGAGCUGGUACAGGAGUUCCCGGUGGAGGGCGUCCAGCCAAGCCCCCAGUGGAAUGCCAUCACAGGCGUCUACAUCUACCGGGAGAACAAGGGCUUCCCCCUCUACAGCCGGCUCCACAAAUGGGCCAAAGGAGUGGAAGGGAAUGGGCCAACGCCAGAAGGCCAUGAACUGCUCUUUUUGGCUUCCUAAGACAGAUGGGUGCUGGUAGCGGUUCCCCAGACUGCCUGGCAGGCCUUCCAUACCAUUGCACAGGGAGGGAUUCACUGGGAACAUUCCUCCCGGCAGGAUUACUUCUCUCAGAAGGCAAACAGGGACCAACAGCCUCAAGGUAGAAAGCAACACACUGAACUGGGGAACCCCUCCCUCAGAGAACAGUCUCACUGCUGCUCCCAGAGACACGGGUGAGCAAAGAGAAGGUGCAGCCCCUAGCUCCAGGCUGCCAGUGCAUCCCAUCUGAUGUUGCAGCAGAAGCCUUCAGGAGUGAGAGAUGGGCACAACAUUUCUCACUGUGACUCCUCCAGUCCCACUUGUCUCCCCCGUGGCAGAGUUAGCCCCAGCCAUCCCGCACAUCUACUUGUUUUAUUGACAUUGGUAUCUUCUUACCGCAGUUGUGCAAUGCCUGUUACACAGGCAGGCCCAGAGCAGUUUACAGACUUUACAGUACAGGGAAAAGAGGGAAACAGUAAAUUCCUGUGGAAAGGGGGAUGCAAUAUCACCUCAGAAGGAACAGAUCAGUAAUAGAGCCACACACCAAAUAACUGAAAGACUAAGGCAGGAGGAAUCACCAAUAUUCCUGGUAUUCAGAAAAGCACUCUGUAAUUAUUAAGUUGAAAUUUGGGUAGGACACCAACCUCCCUUUGUUCUUAUUGAAGUGCCUAACAAUUGCUAAUGAGCCCA